CGGCGGAGGUUAAACCAGCAUGUGCACUGUGCAGCAAUGUGUUCGUCUCAUAAAAUAAACUAAUUUUUACACCGGCUUUGAAACAAUUUGUAAUUACAUUUACGUAAAAUAAGCUUAUCAUACGUACACUAGGGAAUUUUUUAAGUAAAAUGGGAGAGUUUUCCAGCAACGGAAUUAUGGGAGCGACAGACGAGAAGAUGGUGGACACCCGACAAGUUUCAAUAAUGAUUGCCGUCGAGGAGCAAGCUUUGGUCAUGGGUCCCAUUGACGUUCCGGUGACCGUCACUCUUGAUCAAAUUAAGCAAAUGGCAGAGGGACUCGGAAUGGAUGGAGACCCUUUUAUGUCGGUGUACUUUGUCAAUAAUAAAGAAAUCACAUCCAGUCUCUCUGGCGUUUUAACAAAUGAAGAAAAAGAUGACCAUGAAACAGUUUUCAAAAUUAUUUGCCAGCCUCAAGCUGUCUUUAAGGUCAGAUGUAUCACGAGAUGCACGAGUUCUCUGUCUGGCCAUGCGAAGGAAGUUUUAUCUGCUAAUUUUAGUGGUGAUGGAAGGAAAUUGGCUACUGGAUCAGGGGAUUCGAGUGUAAGGUUCUGGGAUUUAGAUACAGAAACUCCAGAGUAUACUUGUGAGGGACAUGGUGACUGGGUUUUAGCUGUAGCAUGGGCUCCAUCAGGACUCCGGGUGGCUUCAGCAAGCAAAAACGGGAAAAUAUUAAUUUGGGAUCCGUCGAGUGGAAAACAAAUGGGAAAACCAUUAAUGGGACAUAAGGAUUAUGUCAGUUUUCUCUGUUGGGAACCUCUUCAUUUGAACGGAGAGUGUCGACAUUUAGCAAGUUGCUCAAAGGAUCAAACAAUUAGGAUUUGGGACGUAGUUUUAGGCAACACAGUUCGAAUUCUAACUGGACAUACAGCUGGCAUUACUUGUAUUCGUUGGGGAGGAUCUGGUUUAAUUUACUCGGCUUGCAGAGAUAGAACAAUUAAAGUUUGGAGAGCCAGUGAUGGCGUCUUGUGUCGGACUUUGGAAGGUCAUGGGCAUUGGGUCACCACAUUGGCCUUAAGCUCGGACUAUGUAAUGCGAACUGGGGCAUUCGAUCCUAAGGAUGUGGAAAUCCUGGCGUACAAAGAAUUGCCAAAAUUGGGUCAUGGAGAAUAUCAGGAGAUGGCAAAAUCAAGAUAUGAUGCGUUUAUGGCAAAUAGGGGACCUGAAGUGUUGGUUGCUGGAUCCGACGACUUUACGCUUUCCAUGUGGCAUCCUACCGAAGAUAACAAAAUUAAAAAAAAGAUGACUGGCCACUGUCAAACUGUCAACGACGUAAAAUUUUCUCCUGAUGGUAGACUUUUAGCAUCUGCUUCAUUUGACAAAUCAAUAAAAUUGUGGGACGGAAAAACUGGGGACUUUAUAACAACUCUGAGAGGGCAUGUCCAAUGUGUUUUCCAAAUAGCUUGGUCUGCCGACUCCAGAUUUUUAGUUAGUGGAAGCAAGGAUUCCACGGUUAAAGUUUGGAGCAUGAAAACUAAGAAACUAGAAGUUGACCUUCCCGGUCAUGCGGAUGAGGUUUAUGCAGUCGACUGGUCUCCAGAUGGGCAGCGAGUUGUUUCUGGAGGAAAGGACAAAGUUCUAAAAAUUUGGAGACAUUAAACAGUUUUACAUCUUAUAUAUUUUAUUUCUAUACUUUUAUGUGACCAUUAUGUAAGUUUACUAUAAAUGACUAUAAUUACUAAUGACAUAAACAUAUGUAUUAUCGGUCGGGUGCACUGAAUAAAAUAUGAACUGAAGUAGUUUGAUAAUAUUAUACAA